AGUGUGUGCACCUGCAGUCACCGGCCACUCCUCACUGGCUCACUACUGCUACUCCUAGCCUUCUAGUGGCAGGGCUCUGCUUCUCUCUCCCCCUCUCUCUCUCUCUUCAGAUCUCGUUCUGUCUCCUUGUCUCCGGAGGAGGAAGGGGAUCAAGAGGAGGAAGGAGGAAUCGGAGAAGGGAGAAGAAAGAUGGUGAUGAUGGAUGGCAGCUUGGACGCAGAAAAGAUAGCAGGGUAUUUCAAGGGCAAGAGCAUCCUCAUCACCGGCGCCACCGGCUUCCUCGGAAAGAUUCUUGUGGAGAAGAUACUCCGGGUGCAGCCAGACGUUAGGAGGAUCUACCUGCUCGUGCGAGCCAUCGACGCCCAGUCCGCCAAGCAACGCGUCCAAGAAGAGGUGACAGACACUGAGCUCUUCUGCCUUCUGAAAGAGAAGCACGGUAAGGGAGGUUUCGAGGUGUUUGUGGAGGAAAAGAUUGUCCCUUUGGCCGGUGACGUCAUCUUCGAGAACAUGGGGCUGGAUGCUCUCAGGUUGGAGGAGCUGGCCAAGGAGGUCGACAUCAUUGUCAAUGGAGCUGCAACUACCAACUUUUAUGAAAGAUAUGACGUUGCGUUGGAUGUGAAUGUGAUGGGGGUGAAAUACCUGUGCCAGUUGGCCAAGAAGUGUGCCAAUCUCAAGAUGCUCCUCCAUGUGUCUACCGCAUUUGCAGCCGGCGACAGGGAAGGGCUGAUCAUGGAGAGGCCUUUCAAGAAGGGGGAGACCCUGAGGGAAGGCACCUACCUGGACAUGGACGCGGAGCUGCGGCUGGUCGGCGACGUGAAGAAGGAGCUAGAGCUGCAGGACGGCGGCGUCGGCGACAAGGCCAAGAGGGAGCGGAAAGGCAUGAAGGAGCUGGGGCUGGAGCGGUCCCGCCACUUCGGGUGGUCCAACACGUACGUGUUCACCAAGGCCAUGGGCGAGAUGCUGCUGGGGCAGCUCCACGGCGCCAUCCCGGUGGUGAUCCUGCGGCCCAGCAUCAUCACUAGCAUCCUCAGGGACCCGCUGCCCGGGUGGAUGCAGGGGACUCGGACCAUCGACACCAUCAUCAUCGGCUACGCCAAGCAGAACCUGUCGUGCUUCCUGGCGGACCUGGAGCUGACCAUGGACGUGAUCCCGGGGGACAUGGUGGCCAACGCCAUGAUGGUGGCCAUGGUGGCGCACUCGGAGGAGCAGGGCGCGGAGGUGAUGUACCACGCCACCUCGUCGCUGCGCAACCCGGCCCCCUACGGCGUGCUCUACGAGUCCGGCCGCCGCCACUUCUACCAGAACCCCAGGCUGAGCAAGGACGGCCAGGUCAUCCCCACCAAGGAGAUGCACUUCUUCAAGACCAUCGCCAGCUUCCAUCUCUACAUGCUCAUCAAGUACAAGCUGCCACUUGAGAUCCUGCACGUGGUGAACCUGCUCCUCUGCGGCCUCUUCUCGCACCUCUACGACGACCUCACCCGGAAAUACAAGUUCGUCAUGCAUCUCGUCGACGUCUACGGGCCCUUCGCCUUAUUCAAAGGAUGCUUCGACGACAUCAACUUGGAGCGGCUCCGACUGACCGUGACCAAGACAAGCCCGGAGGACGACAUGUUCAAUUUCGAUCCCAAGACCGUCGACUGGAACGACUACUUCUACAAGAUCCACAUACCGGGUGUCCUCAAGUAUGUGCUCAAGUAAAACUGCAGCAAUUUGUAUCCACAUAUAUGCACCUUAUCUUCUCCAAAAAGCCAUUCUUGUAUGAUGGGGAUGUGAUAGAAAAACAAGGAACACUUUCCAUAUGCCGACUAGAUUAUUGCAUUGGAGAAGGACAUCAUUGAUAAAAAAAGAAGCAUGUAUUCUUGAA